GGGACUGUGAGAAAGUGCAGUGGGACCCAGACUCACACAUUCAUAUGGAGAUGUGGGACUAUAAAUAGGAGGGAUGGAGCCAGCAGAGAGCAGAUCCAGCCAUGGCUCCUACCAUCACUGCACAGGAGCAUCUGACUCUGAGCCACAAGGUCAGAAAGCCUCUGGUGGAGAAGUUACGCAGAGAGCGAAUCAACAGCAGCAUCGAGCAGCUCAAGUGUCUCCUGGCUCCAGAGUUGGUCCAACAGCAGCCAGACUCCAAGCUGGAGAAAGCAGACGUCCUGGAGAUGACAGUUUGCUUCCUGACACGGCUGCAGCAGAGAAGACCGAUGAAGACCUGGGACCAGCUGCAGUCGGACUUCUCUCCUCUGAGCUCCACGCUCCAGGCUCCAGUCCACAGCGCCCCCUGGAGGCCGUGGUCCACUCACUGGCAGACGCAGGGAGACGGAGACUGGAAGUGACUUGUUCUUCUGAACCAACACAAGAACGUAUUUGUGUGUCGGACAUUUCCUGAGGAAACGACAGCAACGAUAUCUUUCACCUUCAGAAAGAAAACAUCUGGUCCUCUGAUGGAUCGGCGCUUAUUAUUAUAUGAUGAUGUGACAACAUGCGUUCUCUUCUGAUCACUGUUGAUCUUUGUCAUGGAAACAUGUGGAAAUGUCCUUUUUAUGGACCUAACUCAAAACUGAUCUGUUGUCAGAUUCUGAUAUUCUGGAUCAUGUUGAUCCAACACUUUGUUCUUUUGUGACAUUUUGUCUCCGUGGACUUUGUGUCACUGUGUGAUGAUGAAACUGAUCUGAUGUCAGAUCCAAAUCCAUUGUUUUCUUUUGGAAAACGUUUUCUCGUGAUACAUUUGUGUUUCAUGUGUUUGUUGAACAUGACACAAAUAUGAUGAAAAGUAUUGAUCAUGUUGAUCACAAUCUUGAAUUGUUCUUUUAUGGACAUUUUGUCUCCGUGGACUUUGUGUCACUGUGUGAUGAUGAAAACUGAUCUGUUGUCAGAUCAAUGUGUUGAUUCUUUUCUAGAAGUUUUGCUUCAUAUGGCAGAAGAAGUUAUGUUAAAUUACUUUAUUGUCUUGACAAAAAAUUUAAUUUCCUGUGGAAAUAGUGAAUCUUUGUAAGAUUAUUUUCAUAUCAAGAAAGAGUCGUUGUCGUAUAUGAUGCAUGAAUCAUGUCAAUACCAAUGAGAAUCACUUUCUUUUGGUCCACGUGAAGUGAAGUGAUCGUCGUCUGUGGGGAAACUCACUGAUUCUAAUGUCUUUGAUUAUUGAUCUGUUUUCAGAUCGAUGUGUAUUAUUCAUCCUUUUGUUGAAAAGGUUUUCUUAUUAACGUGAUACAUGUCAAACUUUAAUACAAGUUCAAAAUGUAUUGACUGGACCUGAUAAUAACCUGCAUUGACCACUGUGAUUAUCUUCACUGGAUCUGUUCUAAGAUCAGUAAAACUGGAUCAUGAUGAAUCUCAAACCAUUUGUCUUUUGUAAAGACGACAGUUCCUGUAGCAGCGUUGCCUUGGAGACGUCACCAAGUUAUAGUUGUGAGGUAUCAUCACGUCGAUCUGCCUCCAGUGGAGGCGUACGGAUGAAUUUCAAUAAAGAAAUGACUUUAAUUCAA